AUCUUCACGCUCGAAGAGUCAAUUGAAUCGAUAAAAUGUCUGGCCAACAGAGCAUCAUUCCCACCAGCACCGCGGUGACUGAAUCAGCCGUGAUCAAGGCAAAGCUCGCGCAUGUUUGGCACUUCAUUAAACUCCAGGACUUCUCCAAGUUUUACUCUGCUAUCACAUCCUCGGAGUUCGUGAAGGGUGCAAGUGAAGAGACCGAUAUCGUCAAGUGGACUUUCAAGGACAACACCGUGCUGGAGGUCAAGCAGGAAGAACACAGCACCAUCAACCACUACAUCACCUACUCAGUCAUCUCCUCAACCCCAGCUCUCACAUACACCAGCGUCCUAUCGACCAUUCGUCUUUUCCCAGUCACCAGCGGCGAACACGCAGGAUCGACUUUUGUUGAGUGGACUGGAAACUUCUCCAACGAUGCCGACGCUAGUGUCAUUCAAGAUGCGCGCUUCAAGCGCCAGGAGGCUCUGGCCGACCUAGCCAAGGCUGCCACCAGCGCUUAAAUCAAUAUUCGACCAAUGCUAUCUGGAUUUGCGCAACGGAAAGCACGCCUUAAGAUAGGGCGACGUGCAAGAUCUCAGCGAACCAUUUCCAAGAUGCUCUUCGAUUGAAGAAGGUAUACUGCGAGUGUGAUCGACUUGUAACAGGUAGCCAAUGUCAUGAUUUGAAUGGAGUUUUGCGGCCUCCUUUGUCCCGCAAGAUCGAGAACAGUCGCUGAUCAAUCCUUGCGCACCUGAGAUCGGGUGUAGUAUCCUGUGAUGGCAUUGCCUGAAUCGUCCACCAAGUACAAAUCACGAAAGUCAUGAUUGCUGCGACUUCGAGGGUUUCCCGCCUUCGACUUCUCGCUUGUCUUGCAGGUGCUUGUAUGUUCAACGGCAGGAUCACAAAGAUUGACAAGGAAUUCUGCUCCCGCCUCGAUGAAGGUAU